AUGACCCAUCCGUUUCCUUUGUUCAGGACACUGGACACUGGGCUCUUGGCCCUAGCAUCUCCUCAUCCUCUCCACAGCCUCUCCUCAGCCUCUCCUCAGCCUCUCCUCAUCCUCUCCUCAUCCUCUCCUCAGCCUCUCCUCAUCCUCUCCUCAUCCUCUCCUCAGCCUCUCCUCAGCCUCAUCCUCAGCUUCUCCUCAGCCUCUCCUCAUCCUCUCCUCAUCCUCUCCUCAGCCUCUCCUCAUCCUCAUCCUCAGCCUCUCCUCAGCCUCUCCUCAUCCUUUCCUCAUCCUCUCCUCAGCCUCUCCUCAGCCUCUCCUCAUCCUCAUCCUCAUCCUCAGCCUCUCCUCAGCCUCUCCUCAUCCUCUCCUCAGCCUCUCCUCAUCCUCUCCUCAGCCUCUCCUCAUCCUCUCCUCAGCCUCUCCUCAUCCUCUCCUCAGCCUCUCCUCAUCCUCUCCUCAGUCUCUCCACAGCCUCUCCUCAUCCUCUCCACAGCCUCUCCUCAUCCUCUCCACAGCCUCUCCUCAUCCUCUCCACAGCCUCUCCUCAGCCUCUCCUCAUCCUUAGCCUCUCCUCAGCCUCUCCUCAGCCUCUCCUCAGCCUCUCCACAGCCUCUCCUCAUCCUCAUCCUCAUCCUCAGCCUCUCCUCAGCCUCUCCUCAGCCUCUCCUCAUCCUCUCCUCAUCCUCUCCUCAGCCUCUCCUCAUCCUCUCCUCAUCCUCUCCUCAGCCUCUCCUCAGCCUCAUCCUCAGCUUCUCCUCAGCCUCUCCUCAUCCUCUCCUCAUCCUCUCCUCAGCCUCUCCUCAUCCUCAUCCUCAGCCUCUCCUCAGCCUCUCCUCAUCCUUUCCUCAUCCUCUCCUCAGCCUCUCCUCAGCCUCUCCUCAUCCUCAUCCUCAUCCUCAGCCUCUCCUCAGCCUCUCCUCAUCCUCUCCUCAGCCUCUCCUCAUCCUCUCCUCAGCCUCUCCUCAUCCUCUCCUCAGCCUCUCCUCAUCCUCUCCUCACCUCUCCUCAGCCUCUCCUCAGCCUCUCCUCAUCCUCUCCUCAGCCUCUCCACAGCCUCUCCUCAUCCUCAUCCUCAUCCUCAGCCUCUCCUCAGCCUCUCCUCAUCCUCAUCCUCAGCCUCUCCUCAGCCUCUCCUCAUCCUCUCCUCAGCCUCUCCUCAUCCUCUCCUCAGCCUCUCCACAGCCUCUCCUCAUCCUCAUCCUCAGCCUCUCCACACUUUAA